GAUUUACUUUCUACUGAUUUAAUGGCUGUGAUUUCACAACUAAGCUGCUUUCCAUUCAAAGUCUUACUACCAGCAAUUAAGUUCGGCUUCUAUUAUAGUUGUUGUUACGAUGUUUAAAGUGCCUCCGGUGCUUCUAUUAUAGUUAAGAUACUAUAAGACUCUAUUGUGGCAGCGGCCUUGUCACGUCCAACAGUCAGUUGGAUGUCACAGGAAAAAAUGAGUCUAGAACUAUCUUCUAGAUGCUUCUAGAAGUAAAAAGAGGUCUGAGAAAAUCUGCCUAGUUCCGGUUUUUGCCUUUAUUCUUCUUUUUUUUAUCCUUUUCCUUAUCGUAGUGCAUGCUGCGCUCCCGUAUUAAUGGUCUAUGACGUCAUAGGCACCUGCCUCCAUCGUUUGGUUGAUGGUGGUGGUUCAUUUUUUACCCCCAAGCUAACGGCGUUCGCUGACGUUCAAAACGUAGCGGUGACAAAAUGAAAUAUUUGUUAUUAAAAAAAAGAAAGUUACAACACAGUAGUGUGAUGUCACGAUGCGAACAGUUUCUUCCUUUUCCCGCAGGCUGAACGCCGGAACCCAAAAACGCCAGUCAUGGUGAGUUGGCUUCACGGACAUCCAUAAACUAUGAGGUGCAAGAAGCGCAUACGACAUGCAAGGUCCGCGUCUUUGCAUUGCAGGAGUGACUCGGCAAGCACGUGAAGUCGAACAGAAGCAGCACAUACGUUUUAUAUCACAAGGAAAAACAGUGUUCAAUAAUGUUAACUAACCAGAAACACAUCACUUUUUGGAAUGGAGAGAAAAUGCCAAUUGUUGGACUUGGUACUUGGCAGUCUUCCAGAGAAGAGAUCGAGACAGCAGUGAACGCAGCUUUGGAGGCUGGCUAUCGUCACAUAGAUGCCGCAUACAACUACUUAAAUGAAGACGUUAUUGGCGAAGUACUCCAGCGAUGGAUUGAAGCAGGAAAAGUUAAGCGUGAAGAGCUCUUCAUUGUAACAAAGCUACCAAUGAUUGGUAAUCGCCCGGAGGAUGUAGAAAAGUUCCUCAAGAAGUCGUUAGUCGCCCUCCGUCUGGACUAUAUCGACCUCUAUCUGAUCCAUGCCCCAGUCGGCCUAAUAGGAAAACACGACACAGACGUUUUUCCUCAUGAUGACCAAGGAUUCGCUAUGAUAGACAUGAAGACAAACUUAGUCAACCUGUGGAAGUCAAUGGAAAAUCAAGUAGAUGCUGGUUUGGUGAAAUCGAUUGGAAUCUCGAACUUCAAUGAGGAACAAAUAAGCCGAAUUAUCAAUAAUGCUCGUAUAAAACCAGCAAAUGUGCAAGUUGAACUCCAUGUUCAGUUCCAGCAAAAAUCCCUCAGAGAAUUUUGCCAAAAACAUGAACUGACCAUUUGUGCCUACGCCCCACUGGGUUCACCUGGUCGAAAUGAUUUUUACUCUAAGCUAGGUCUGAAACCACCUGUUGCCAUCCCUGAUUUGUUCCACCAUCCGGUGGUAGUUAAAAUUGCCGAGAAACACAAGAAAUCGAGUACACAAAUUCUUCUCAGAUAUCUGAUUGAACUAGGGGUCGCCGUUAUCCCUAAGAGCGUCAAUCCAGAGCGUAUUCACGCCAAUUUCCAGGUAUUCGACUUUUCUCUUUCGGUGGUUGAUAUGGCACAGCUUGGCCAACUAGAUCAAGGAGAAGCUGGCUUUACAUUUGAUUUUUCGACUUUCUUUAAAGGAAUGGACAAGCACCCAGAAAAUCCGUACCCCAACCGCGUUAAAGGCAUAGUCUUAUAACAAAAUGAUUUCUGCAAGGAACAAAACGCGUCUUCGGAAUCAAAGAUCAUACCAUGUCAAUGUCUAACAACAGUGUUUUCAACGGUUUUCAACGAAUAUUUCUAUCAAUUAUUUUUUCUUUAAAUAAACAUUGAAAUUAAUCAAAAUUCCACACAA